CGUUCGUUGGUAGAACACGCCGCUUGUUUAUGUUUUUAUCUCUAGACCAUAGUAAAGUUGAACGUUUAUUUUAGUUAUUCUUUAAAUAAUCUUUAAAUUACCUGUUCUUGUCCUCAACAUCAAGGACGUGAGCGCAGCCAUCUUUAGGCACGUGAUAAGUGUACGUCAAUGCGUGUCCACUGAUUCGUUUCCAUGAACGCGCACUGAAUGCUGGGAAUGCGCGAAAUGCGAAACUUCUACUCUAAGUUCGAGUAAAAAGAACAUAGAUCGUUUUAAUGUGUUUUAAAUCCUAGGUUAGGUUCUAACAACCCACAUACAAAGUAAAAGUUCGCCAACUAUCUUGAACUUAAUAAAACUGCAAAUAGAAUAGUAAUGCCACUUUGUCAGUGAGCCAAUGUGUCUGGACAGUAAUGGAUAGUUACAGCGACUCUUCCACCAGCGAUCUGGACGAGGAACUACCCGUGUACGAGUUUCUUUUACAGCCCGAUCGCAGCAAUCAAGCCCCCCUCACCCGUAUAGCGAAGCCUGACGUGGUGGUACUAGACAGCUCCGAUAUCGAGAUCCCCGUGUCUUCCUCCCCUGUUUCUGACCUAGGGGAAGACGCGGUCUGGGAGAACCUGAGUGCCGGUGUAGGAGUGCCCGACGUCAAGAUGAUCAGUAGCGACGAAGAAGAAGCGCCGUACGUGCCGUUAGCACAGAGACUAAAACAGAAACAAGAAGCUGUUUCUUCGUCCUCUUUAUUCAUUAAUGGGCAAAAUGGCCGUUCGCCAAGGAAUCCGUCUCCUCCAGAGUUUUCAGCACAGAGCGCUUUCUCAGAGUCAGAACCUCCGCUUCCACUAUACGACCCCGAAGAGGGCUCCAUGCCGCAGCUAUGGCCGCCUCCUAAGCCCUCCUCCUGGGCAGGGAGCACCUCCACCUCCCCGGCGAAAAAAAGGCCCUCCAAGCGAACACCUGCGGAGAUCCAGACUUCCCGGGAGGAGGCGCUGAGGAGGAGGGAGGCCAGGGAGAAGACGGAGGGGGAGACGCGAAAGGAGACGCGAAAGCAGGAGCAGGAGAGGGAGAAGGAGGAGAGGAGGGCGCUCGCGCAGGCGGCCAAGGCCUUGAGGCCGGAAGAGUGCAUCAAACACAUUGUGGCGUGUGUGGACCCAGCUCUGUUGCAGCUGGAGGGCGGGGCCACCCUGCUGGCGUCUCUGCAGGCUCUGGGCUGCAGCUGUGCCAUAGAGAAACAACCCCUCCCUCGCUGUGUCAGCUGGACCAGGAAGUCCCCCUGCGCUCAGCCAGGCCCGCAGGCCGGGGUACUGGAGCCGCUCGUGGUGCUGCAGAUCCCUGUGGAGCAGUUCAUCCCCCUGGUCCACAGCUACAGCCAGGAGCAGAGGGGGGUGGGUGCAAAUGGCUGUCCCUCUCUGACCUCCUGGAUCCUGGAUCUGAUGGACAGAAACCCUGGGCGUUCCCUCAGCCUGGUGGUGAUCGACCUGGAGACGUACUUCAAAUCCCAGAAGUCCCAGGGCCAGAAGAAGUUGCGUGAGGCUGUUUUGGGGGAGGAGCUAGGACCAGGAGCAGUGAAGAAGAGGAGGAGGAAGAAGAACGAUGGAGGAGGAGAAGGAUUGCCGGACGUGUCGCGAGUUGACAUAGAGGAGGCCUUGGUGCACCUGCAGCUUCACACCGGCAUUCAGGUACGCUUCCUGCACACCUGGGCGGACUUCUCCCAGCACGUCGUCAUGACAACAAAAGCGGUAGCCGAAGCCCCUUUCAAACGAGCCAGGGAGCAGACUGGCUUCUCGUUCUGCGUGGAGAGUGAGAGUGCGGGGGGCCGGAAGGGGGCCCGGGGGCCCGGGGGGCUCCAGCAGGUGUGGACGAGACAGAUCCAGCAGCUCAACAGAGUCAGUCCAGACAUGGCCUCUGCCAUCCUGGCUGCAUACCCCUCUCCACUGCUGCUCUGCCAGGCGUACCGCAAGUGCAGGUCGGAGAGAGAGGGCCUCUCCCUGCUGUCUGACCUCUUGAUUCGCCGAGGAGAGGGCGUGACCGCUACCACGCGCCGGAUUGGUCCAGAACUUUCCAGGCGUCUCUUCCUGUUAAUGACGUCAUCAGACCCCCAGCAGAUAUUGGACUCCACUGUGUGACCUUUGACCCCCCUGAACUUCUUUUAAAUUUGACCCUGAAGGGAGUGGGGUCGUCACCAUAGUUACCAACCCCGUGGACACUUCCAUGUGGUGAUCUAAACCUUGUUUUAAUGUAAAUUCCUGUUGGCUAUGUCUGUUUCCAAGUCAUCUGGUUGUCAAACCUCUUCUCUUUGGAUCAUUCAGAUUUGUAUUCUAUUAAAAUGUUUUCAAACAGUG